CUCGUCUAAUGGAGUACGCUGAAUGUAUACUGUGUGGGUGUUAUUUCCGCGUUUUGAUUGAUAAUUUAAAUUUUCAAAAAUAGAAAAUGUCGGUAGCGGCAGGAAAAAGAAUUUUUGCGCACUUUUGUAGUAAUCAUCUGAAAAAGUUAUCGACGCGUUCGAAAAUUGUUAGGUUCAGUUCUGUCGUGAGUAACAAAUCCCUUAACCUAGAAGAAAAUGCAAAAUGCAGCAUGUCAACUUGCGAAUCUAACAAAAUUUCUGCUGCUGUUUUAAAGAAAUUCUCCGAUCCUUUCGUUCUAGAAAGUAUUGAACCUCCUAAAGUAUUACAAGCUAAUGAAGUUCUUGUAGAUGUUCGUUAUUGUGCUCUCAAUGCAUCAGAUGCAUUAUUGUCAAAAAAUAUGUAUACAUUCGAACCAACUUUACCAGUGGUUCUUGGUUAUGAACUUGUUGGAAAAUUAGUUCAAGUUGGGGAGGAAGCAGAAAAACAAGGGUAUAAAGUUGGGGAUAAAAUUGUUGCCCUUAACAAAGAGCGUUAUGGAGGUUUAGCAGAACAGUGUGUAGCAGAAGUUAAUGAUAUCUGGAAAGUACCAUCCGAAGUACAAUCCAUCGAUGUAGUAGGGUUACUUGAUGAUUAUAUUACUGCUUUAAUUGCAUUAGAAAGCAAAGUUAGCAUUCAAGAAGAAGAUAUCAUGUUAAUUAAUGUGGGUGUGAGUAGUAUUGGUUUAGCUGCUGUUGAUCUUGCUACAAAUGUAUUUAAAGCUGAGGUAAUUAGUGUUUCUGCUACGGAAGAUGGUGCAGCUCUUGCUAGAGACAAAGGUGUACUCGCAUCUUUCAAAUAUAAAGAUAAAACAUUGUUGAAACAAAUUGAAAAGGUAGCUGCAGAGAAAGAUAUUAAAGAAAUCUUUGAUGAUGAUGAUGGUAAAUAUUUCAAAAAAGUCUUGAAUUGUUUUACUAGUAUUUACAAAGAUGAAAUAAGCAUAAAAGAUCUGUUGAAUGAUGAUAAUUUUGCAGUUGUGUUACAUCAUUUGUCUCGUGAAGGGAGAGUAAUAAUUGCUGGUUCAGCAGUAACUCUAAAAAGUACUGACUCUGACAUACCAAAGGAUGUCUUUACUAUUAGUGGAUUUAAUUUGAAAGAAUAUAAGAAGAAGAAGCCAGAGUUAUAUCGACAAGCAGGGGAUGAUGUUUUACAAUUUCUGGAAGAGGGUCUAAUUACACCAACAAGUGCAUUAACUGUUGGAUUGUCAAAAAUAAAUGAUGCACUGGAAUUUAUUCUUACAUAUAAAUCUCCAGGGAAAGUUAUUAUUGAUGUGAAAGAUAGGUAAGAUAAAUU